AUGAGGAACAACGCACCAAACCCGAACGUGCGCCACGACUUGGAAGAGCGUGUGUCGUACAUCCAGUCGGCCACGAACGACAAGGACGCUGGCAACUUCUACGAUGCCAAGACCCCUGACGAGUUCCAAGACGGCGCGUUGGUGGCCGGUGGCGCCCUGGACCUGUUUUCCAAGGAAGCAUUUGCAUUGUUUUCCCAAUACGCCGCCAUCGGUGUCAUCUACGGGUUGAUUCCGUCACUCAACUACCCCAUUUUUAACGUGUACCUGGAAUUGGAAGGGUACCAGACGGCGUCGUACAGCACGUUGGUGACGUUGGGGUGGUCGUUCAAAGCGUUCAUGGGCAUGCUGUCGGACUGCUUCCCCAUCUUUGGCUACCGCCGCAAGUCGUGGAUGUUGAUCGGGUGGGUGGCCACGAUGUUCUGUUUAACGAUCAUGACAUUCUCUUCGCUGGGCGAGCCGUACUGCAACCGUCAAAAGGCUGCCGCGCGCGGCUCCAAGGCGUGCUCCAAGCCGUUCAUGAACGCGUCGUUGAAAGACCAAGACUUGUUCAACCUGAGCGCGCCAGACAACGGUGGCUUGUUUAUCGUAUUGUCCAUGUUUGUGUCAUUGGGGUACGUCACGGCUGCGUGUGCGUCCGACGCCAUGGUGGUGCAGUACGCCCAGCGCGAGCCUCUGGCCAUCCGUGGCCGCAUCCAGACAGCCAUCUACACGGUGCGCACGUUCGCGGGGAUCGCGUCGAGCGUGAUCGUUGGUUUCGGUUUGAACGGGGCCAACUACAACGGGUCAUUUGAGUUUUCCAUGGCACCCAAUGUCCCGUAUGGCAUCUGCUUGAUUCCGUGCGUGAUCGUGGUGUUGUCGACGAUCUUCAUCGUGAAAGAAGUCAAGACCCCUGCGAUUCCGUUCAAGAUGUGGACCGGUAGCUUCUGGGAGUUGCUGCAGAAGCGUGUGAUGUGGCAGAUUUGCGCGUUCCGGUUCAUCAACAACAUGUUCCAAGGCAUUGGGUCGACCGCGGGGUCGCCCAUGUACAGUAUUUGGGCCAACGUGGAGCCGUUGAACGACGCAUUGUCGUCCGUGCUCGGCGGGUUCAUCUUUUCGGGGAUUUUGGUCGUGGUGGGCAAGUGGGGUCUGCACUGGAACUGGCGCUGGGCCAUCGCGCUCAGCUCCAUCGGUGUGAUUUUGAUUGACGGCACCAUCAACUUUAUGACGAUCUGGCACGUCGUGCGCAACCAGUGGUUCUACACGGGCUUGUCCUUGGCGGACAAUGUGCCCGGUGGUGUACGCUUCAUCGUGGCAACGUACUGCGCCGUUGAAAUCGCCGACGUCGGCAACGAAGGGGCCACGUAUGGCCUGAUCACGACCGUGUCCAGCUUGGCGUCUCCGUUUGCGUCUGUCAUAUACAAGGUCGCGGACUCAUACUUUAUGCUGUCGCAAGACGACAUCAGGAACGACACGACCAAAGUGCGGUGGGACGUGACGUACUCGUAUUUUAUCUCGUACGGCAGCAAGUUGUUUGCUCUAACGUGGCUGUGGAUGCUGCCUCCCCAGCGCCUCCAGAUGCAAGAGCUCAAGAAGAAGGGCGGCAAGAGUCCUUUGGCCGGCACCAUCUUACUGUCCGUUUUUUUCGUCUGCUUGUCAUUCUCAGUCACGACCAGCAUCAUGUCCAUCUACCCGUCCACCAAGUGCUACCGCAUUGCUGGCGGCAAUGGCAAGAUGGACCCCAAUACUGGUGUUUGCCCGGCUGUCAAGGCCAAGAAGGGUUAA